AAGCUCGGGGCGUUCUGCACCUGGAGUGGAACAAACACGGGGCAGGACACACCCGGAGUGGAGCAGACUCAGGGCAGGGUGUACCGGGGUCUGAGCAGAUUCGGGGCGGUGUGUGCACUGAGCAUGCAAACACAGGACGGGGAGGGGCCCAGAGGGGAGAGGUUAGGGGAGCGGCCCACCAGAGCAGAGCGGACUUGGGCCGGGAGCAUCCAGAGUCCAGCCGACACCGGGCGGGGCGCACUCGGAGCGCAGUAGCUCUGGGCGUGGUUGGGGCGUCGCCCAUCCGGCGGGAAGGCGGAAGGACUUUGGACCGUGAGCUCUAGUUUCUCGUCCACGAGAUUCCGCAGCCCCCUGACCCCGCACUCCCGGUAUUGCAGCAUGGAGGCCGGGCUGCUGUGGUUCUGCAACUGGAGCACGCUGGGCGUUUGCGCCGCACUCAAGCUGCCGCAGAUCUACGCGCAGUUGGCGGCGCGCAGUGCGCGGGGCAUCAGCCUCCCCAGUUUACUUUUGGAGUUGGCGGGGUUCCUGGUCUUCUUUCGCUACCAAUGUUACUAUGGGAACCCAUUGCUCACCUACCUGGAAUGCCCCAUUCUCAUGGCACAAGACAUCAUCCUCCUGCUCUUCGUCUUCCACUUCAAUGGGAAUGUGAAGCAGGCCUUGCCCUACCUGGCCGUAUUUGUGUCAUCCUGGUUCAUCCUCAGCCUGCAGAAAUGGAUCAUCGACCUGGCCAUGAACUUAUGCACUGUCAUCAGUGCGGCCAGUAAGUUUGCCCAGCUCCAGUAUCUGUGGAAGGUGCAGGACUCGGAAGCUGUGAGUGCACUGUCCUGGGGCCUCUCUGCCUAUACCUGUGCAACACGAAUAAUAACAACUUUAAUGACCACCAAUGAUUUCACAAUUCUUACCCGUUUUGUGAUCAUGUUGGCUUUAAAUAUAUGGGUAACAGUAACAGUACUGCACUACCGGAAGCCUGUUACCAAAGCUGAGUGAUGGAUGUAUUCCUUCUACACACAGUGGACUUCAAAUAAAUCAACCAGGGGAUGCACCGUUGCUUUCCAUUGCUACAUUUAAAGUCUUUUACUAGUUAAUCAUAUCAAAAACUUUAAAUCAGACUUGAAAAGCCUCUUAGCUGGAUAUGGAGGUGCAAACUUACAAUCUAGCACUUGGGAGUUUGAGGUAGGUUGUGCUACAUGGCAGACGGGACUCAGAGAAGGAAAAAGCCACUUGUUUAAAAUUGCCCAUUUCCUUGCCCUGCACCCAUAGAUUGCGGUAGGACUGAGAUACUGGGUUUUAUUUGGAGAGAGAGAGAGAGAGAGAGAGAGAGAGAGAGAGAGAG